AAUUGCAGAUGGUCAAUAGAUGAAACGUAUUCCAAAUCUCUGGCAAAGUUAGCCAACAAAGCUGGAAGUAACACUGAGAAGGGGACUUCUGCACAAAUAUUUGUUGUGCUGCGCCAGUCAUCAGAGAAAUUGUCCAAUAUACACUCUCACACCGUCCAACGUGUGCAGGACUUAGUUAAGGAGGUAGUCAAGUACAAUGAGGAUCUACAUAAGAAGUAUAAAGGGGUGAAAGAUGAAGAGAGUCAAACAGAAGAGAUUGUCAAGAGCAUUCAGACAACCAGCGGACUUGCACAGAAGGCCCGAGAAACCUACAGCCAAAGAUGUCAGGAUUUAGAAAAAGUAAGGAGAGAUGGUGCCUCACCAAAGGAUGUAGAAAAGGCCGAAGCUAAAUUGCGAAAAGCUCAUGAUGAAUAUCGAGCGCUAGUUGAGAAGUAUAAUAAUAUUAGGGAGGAGUUUGAGAAGAGGAUGACUACGUCAUGUAUGAAAUUUCAAAGUGUGGAGGAGUCUCACUUAGCACAAAUGCUACAGUUUGUGCAAACCUACAUAAAUGUUUUACAAAGCAACCAUGAAGCAAUGGGCCAGGUACACCGUGACCUUCUCAGCCAGUACUCGCAGUUCUCAGUGGAAAAAUUGCUUGACCAGUUUGCGCUUUCAAAACAUACAGGAUUAGAAAAACCAUAUGUGAUGGUUUUUGAAGAUGCUGGGUCUCUAGGAUCAGCUGUUUCUGGACAGCAGUCGCCCGAACCUGCUGAUCAGUCCAAAUCCUCAGCAGAAGAUGCAGGGGUUGGCGGGGGAAGCUCCAGUGGUGGCGUCUUAGCUGGAGGUACUGUGGUUGUCACAAAGUCGGGUCGAAGUGAACGUGAGUGGUCUGCUCCCCCCAGCUGUAAUUCAGGUGGGGGGGAAGGUAGCCAGGAUGGGGAUGGGGGUGAGAGGGUCACCGAGAGCCUCCCCCCUUCCCCAGCCAAGGCUCCCCCUGCACGUGUAACCAGUGCCCCCACCAGCCCUACUGCAGCGGACGAUCCAAGCCUGGCCCGCAGUGUAUUCCGCUCCUCAAAGUGUAGGGUUAACCUGCCUCUUUGUGCUAUAUCUUUGCUCUUAUUAGUGGACUUUUUAGACCUUGUGAUUGAUGAUUGCUUGCAGGAAAGUUUAAGUCAUUGGACCUUUGUAGUCACUUCACUUUGCGUAUGUGAAUGUUACAACAAUGUUUGGAAUAGGAUUGAUAAAACUAUUGAUUGUUGGCAACAUUAA